UAAUACAGAUGAAUAGCAAAGAUAACGACGGUGUGUUGGUUGGUAAUUGGACUGGAGUAUACGACGACGGUACGUCACCUACUGAAUGGUCAGGAAGUGAAGCCAUCUUUGAAGAAUUCAUGGAAACCAAGAAACCUGUGAAAUAUGGUCAAUGCUGGGUAUUUGCAGGGCUGGGCACAUCAGUUUUCCGAGCGCUUGGCAUACCAGCACGCACAGUAACUACCUUUGAAGCUGGUCGAGAUAAAGACUCUAGUCUGACAGUCGACACGUACUUCAGCGAAGAAGACGGCAGUGUACUGGAAGAUAUGUCUUCAGAAUUUGUGUGGAACUUCCACGUCUGGAACGAUUUAUGGAUGGCACGUGCUGACAUGCCCGAUGGCUUUGGGGGAUGGCAAGCGCUUGACACAUGUCCACAGGAAAUGAGUGGUGGUUUACAUCGAUGUGGUCCUGCCUCAUUAAGUGCCGUUAAGCAGGGACAAGUAUAUUACAACUAUGACACAAUGUUCAUGUUUGCCGAAGUCAACGGCGAGGAAGUCGACUGGAUAGUCACGGCAUCUGGCAAGAUGAAACCUGCUGAUGUUAAUAGCAGACGUAUUGGUAAGAAAAUAAGUACAAAAGCAGUUGGUGAAUUUCAACGCCAAGAUGUUACUGACGUGUAUAAAUAUCCUGAGGGAACAGAAGAAGAACGCGUGGCUGUACUAGAAGCAACAAAACAUGUCAGCUCUGGCAAACGACUAUACAACGUUGGUAAAAAAGAUGUAAAAUUCCGAAUCAAGACUAUGGAUGAUGCAAUGGUAGGGGAAGAUAUUGAGUUCCGAGUCAAAAUCGUUAAUGAAAACAAAGACGAAUCGCGUGAGAUUUUUAUCAACGUGACAUGUUAUUCUGUUAGAUAUACAGGGGUUAGAGUUCACGAAAUAUUCAAGAACAAGGAAGAGUUCACUCUGGCGGCUGAAGAGACCAAAUUCCACAAGGUAGUCAUCUCAGCAGACGAAUAUCGUGAUAAACUGACCGAAUCAGCAACUCUAAAAUUCUUCGUUCUCGCUGGAGUUCGCAGUACAGGCCAAACCUUCACCGGUCAUUACGACUACCAACUGACAAGACCACAACUCAAUGUUGAGGUUCCUCCAGAGGUACGACAGAAAGACAGUUUCGAAGUACAACUGAGUUUCACCAAUCCACUGCCUAAGUUAUUACAAGAGUGCUUGUUCCGCCUGGAAUCCCCUGGAAUGGAAGGGCAUAUGAAGAUCAAGUACAGGGACGUCGCGCCAAGUGGAGAGGCAUUGCUACGUGUCAAAUUGAUUGCAAAACGUCCUGGUACAAGACAGAUCAUAGCAAGUUUCCAUUCCAAGCAACUCACUGGCUUGACUGGUAUGGCUACCUUCAAAGUGACAAACGUACAAUAAGUUACAAUGUCAUUGAUGAGUUUAGGAUGACGUCAAAUGAUUUUGCUCCUGUAUUAUGCAAAGUUAUUACUUGUUAUAUUUGAAUAUUUACCCACGAAUAUGGUUUAUUUAUAAAUAGGGUAUAAUAAUAACCUUCCCUAUGAAUCGCGCCCUCUAGCGACAAAAGGCUUCUGUAAUUAAUAAUUUAAUGCCUCAGUCAACAGACCAUUUUCCCAGUAGCGAGAAUGCAGAAUGGUGUGCAGAAAUACGCCCGCUUUGUCAUGGCGGAAAAUAUAAUUUUGCUGAUAUUCGAUAGAAGGGAAUUUUAAUUUUGUGAUGUUGAUUGGCACACCCAGAAGCACAAUAUCACGCGUGCAAGUUUACGUUACACCACAAAACAUAAUGAAUCUUCGACUUCCGGGAAAGUCGUUUAUAUGCGGUACCAAAGAACUUUAUAAUAAAUAUAGUUACAAAUAAUGAAUCGUUAACCAACCAGGUAAUAUGUACUGUCACCUAAAGUUUCUGAGAAGACCAUUGGGCGUUAUGUUAUAAUCAUAUACAACUAUAGUACAUACAUGGUGACAUUUUUCUCAUUUGCUUUGUUGACCGAAAAUAUCGAGCUGAUAAAAAUAACUAACAAUACAGUAUAUUCUCGUACAAUAUAUUUGCACAAAUCAGAGUUUUUUAUAGCAGAAAUUUACGUCAUCCGUGAA